AUGGCGGGUCCGACAGCUGCAGCCCUGUGGCCUGGAGUCCUCCUGCUCCUGCUGUCCAUCAUCCACCCCUCGCAGCCUGGAGGGGUCCCAGGAGCUAUUCCUGGAGGAGUUCCCGGAGGACUGCCUGGAGGAGGCUAUUUCCCAGGGGCUGGUCUCGGAGGCCUGGGAGGAGGAGGGCUGGGACCUGGAGGCAAACCACCCAAGCCAGGUGCCGGAGGUCUCGGCGGUGGCCCUGGGGCAGGGCUCGGCGCUUUUCCUGGGGGCGCCUUCCCGGGGGCUCUGGGGCCUGGCGGAGCGGCUGGUGCGGCUGCAGCCUAUAAAGCUGCUGCCAAGGCUGGUGCUGGGCUCGGCGGUGUCGGCGGGCUCGGCGGUGUCGGUGGGCUCGGCGGCCUUGGUGGUGUUGGUGGACUUGGCGGUGUCGGUGGCUUAGGCGUGUCUACAGGUGCAGCGGUGCCCGGAGCGGGAGUCGGAGUCGGAGCCGGAGGGAAACCUGGGAAAGUGCCCGGUGUGGGCCUGCCAGGUGUAUACCCAGGAGGAGUGCUCCCAGGCACAGGAGCUCGGUUCCCAGGUGUGGGGGUGCUCCCUGGGGUUCCCACCGGAACAGGAGUCAAGGCCAAGACCCCAGGUGGAGGGGGAGCUUUUGCUGGAAUCCCAGGAGUUGGACCCUUUGGGGGUCAGCAGCCUGGAGUCCCACUGGGGUACCCCAUCAAGGCACCCAAGCUGCCAGGUGGCUACGGACUGCCCUACAGUACGGGGAAACUGCCCUAUGGUUAUGGUCCUGGAGGAGCAGCAGGUGCCGGCGCCAAGACUGGGUACCCAACAGGGACAGGGGUUGGUCCCCAGGCUGCAGCAGCAGCAGCUAAAGCAGCAAAGUAUGGUGCCGGAGGAGCCGGAGCCGGAGUUCUCCCUGGUGUCGGUGUUGGAGGUGGUGGCAUUCCUGGUGGGGCUGGUGGCAUUCCUGGGAUUGGAGGCAUUGCAGGGGUUGGGACUCCCGCUGCUGCUGCUGCGAAGGCGGCUGCAAAGGCAGCUAAAUAUGGAGCUGCUGGAGGCUUGGUACCUGGUGGCCCAGGAGUUGGAAUCCCAGGUGUUGGUGGAAUCCCAGGUGUUGGGGGAAUCCCUGGUGUUGGGGGAAUCCCAGGUGUUGGCGGAAUCCCAGGUGUUGGCGGAAUCCCAGGUGCUGGAAUCCCGGGUGUUGGAGGAGUCCCAGGGGCUGUGUCACCAGCUGCAGCUGCCAAAGCAGCCGCCAAAGCAGCCAAAUAUGGGGGCAGAGCCGGAGUGGGAGUUGGCGGCGUUCCCACUUUCGGGGUCGGUGCUGGGGGCUUUCCGGGCUACGGUGGUCUUGGAGCCGGAGUCGGUGGUCUUGGAGCUGGAGUCGGUGGUCUUGGAGCUGGAGUUGGAGGUGUCCCUGGAGCUGGCAUUUCCCCAGCUGCAGCCCAGGCAGCCGCUGCCAAGGCCGCUAAGUAUGGUGCUGGAGGAGCAGGAGGCCUGGGAGGGCUGGUGCCAGGUGCCAGAGGCAUUGUACCAGGUGUGCCGGGCGCUGGAGGGGUGCCAGGAGCUGGAACCCCAGCAGCUGCAGCCGCCAAAGCAGCCGCCAAAGCUGCUCAGUAUGGGUUAGGACCUGGCGCUGGCGGGGUUCCCGGCCUUGGCAUUGGCCCUGGCGCUGGCGGGGUUCCUGGCCUUGGCAUUGGCCCCGGCGGUGUGACAGGAGCAGGGACCCCAGGUGCAGGCAAAUCUGCUGCUCAGUUGGCCGCCAAAGCCCAGCUCCGGGCUGCCGCUGGCCUUCCUGCUGGCGUCCCAGGAUUUGGAGCUGGUGCUGGCGUCCCUGGAUUUGGAGCUGGUGCUGGCGUUCCCGGAUUUGGAGCUGGGGCUGGUGUCCCUGGCUUUGGGGCUGGUGCUGGUGUUCCUGGCUUUGGGGCAGGUGCAGGUGCAGGACCUGGAUCUUUGGCUGCUGCUAAAGCAGCCAAAUAUGGCGCAGGCGGGCCUGGAGGCCUUGGAGGGGUUGGAGGUCUUGGUGGAGCUGGUGUCCCAGGAGGUCUUGGUGGAGCUGGUGUCCCAGGUGGUGUGGGAGGAGUCGGACCUGCGGGCGCAGCUGCUGCUGCCAAGGCUGCUGCCAAAGCUGGCCAAUACGGCCUCGGGGGAGCCGGUGGACUCGGAGCUGGAGGGCUCGGAGCUGGAGGGCUUGGAAUUGGAGGCCUGGGACUUGGAGGGCUUGGGGCUGGUGGAGUUCCAGGGGCUGGGGGCUUUGGAGGUGUGUCCCCAGCUGCAGCUGCUAAAGCAGCCAAAUAUGGUGCCGGUGGCCUUGGAGGUGUCCUAGGAGCUGCCAGGCCUUUCCCAGGUGGAGGAGUUGGAAGACCUGGCUUCGGAUUGUCUCCUAUUUUCCCAGGCAAACCCCCCAAGCCCUACGGAGGUGCCCUGGGAGCUCUAGGAUACCCAGGUGGAGGCUGCCUGGGGAAAUCCUGUGGCCGGAAGAGAAAGUGA